AUGGGUCCUUUUGUUCCUCAGACUCCUGAAGCACUUUACGCUCCUCCAAGAUUCGGGGGUAUUUUGGGGGGCAGAUAUUUCUCGCGUGUAACGGAGGCCAAGAUGUCGCCAGCAAGUUUGCCGCAAACGUCUCUGUCUUUAGCCAAAGCUCCGCUGGGCGGAAUCGCUGCGUUUUGCACAGAAGAUAACGCGGAGCAGUGUGUUGCGUACAUCGAGCAGGAGCUCGCUGACCUGGGCUUGCCCUCCCUGCUAGCUGUGUCCAAGAAUGGAGAGGGGAGGAAACUGAACGUGGUGUCCAUCGUGAACUGCGUCCACGAGCUGCUUCAGCGCCACUCCAGGUUCCUGCGCGACCGAGAAGACGCCGAGCUGCGGCUCCUGAAAGUGAACAGCGACUUGGAGAACCUGCAGAGCAGUCACUGCAAGCUGAGGGACCAGAUAGAGGCGACUCGGAGGGAGAACGCGGCGCUGCAGGAGAGGGAGCGCCAGGUCCAGUGCAAAAACCGGAGUCUGCUCCAGCUGCUGAAGAACGAGAAGGAGGAGGUCCAGAAGCUGCAGAAUAUCAUCGCCAGUCGUUCCACCCAAUACAACCACAACAUGAAGAGAAAAGAACGGGAGUUCAACAAGCUGAAAGAGCGACUCUACCAGCUAGUGAUGGACAAAAAGGACAAGAAAAUCUCCAUCGACGUGCUGAAUUACGUCGGCCGAGCGGAUGGAAAGAGGACGGCCUGGAAAACCAGCAGGACAGACGCCAAAAAUGAAGAGGAAAUGUAUAAGGUUUUAUUAAAUGAUUACGAGAAGCGCCAGAAAGAUUUAAUGGUGGAAAAUGUGGAACUCAAGAAAGUCCUUCAGCAAAUGAAGAAAGAAAUGAUAUCGCUGGUGACCCCUCAGAAAACAAUAAGCCGAGAGAAGACGGAGGACGGCCUCUGCACCGUCCUCUCUGACAUCGAGGAAGACGCCGGGGACACCAGCAAAGAAAUUUGUUCUGAAUUGUCUUGUGAGAGUGUGAGAGAACAGGUGAUUAACAGCAUCCGGCAACAGUGGCGAAUUCUAAAAACCCAUGUGGAAAAAUUGGACAGCCGAGCAUCGAUUGAGGCGUCUCCAGACUGCAAAGGUUUGAUCACAAGAGAAGAUCACGAGCAAGAGCUCGAAAAACUGAAAGGUGAAAUUAAUCGAUGUAAAGAGACAAUAAAGAGCCAACAGCAUCUGUUCCAGCAGCUCAAUGUACAAAGGGAUGAUUCCUCCGCGCUGCUUCAAGACUGUUACGUUCUUGAGGACGAGGAGCGUCUCAGAGAGGAGUGGAAACUAUUCAAUGAACAGAAGAAGAACUUUGACCGCGAACGGAGGAGUUUCACAGAGGCCGCCAUCCGUCUCGGCCAUGAGAGGAAGGUGUUUGAAGACGACCGGGCAGCUUGGUUAAAGCACCACUUUUUGAACAUGACGGCGUUUUCCGACCAGAGCUCAGAGAACCGGAAAUCCCCAGGGUCCUUGUUCAGUUCAGAGAUAGACCCUCACAGAUCACUUCCUAGAUAUCCGAGUAAACGCCGACCUUCUGAUGAAAUGUCAAAGGAAGCUGAGAAAGCAGCAGCACUCCCCCAGUCCACCAGGCACCACGACCUGCGCAGAGAUGGCUCUUCAAGGAGUCAUUCAAGCACCAGUCCUAACGGCAGCCGUUUUGUGAACUGAACCCAGACGUCUGGAUAAAAGUAGAAGCGAUUCACUGGAGACUCGGGCCGCUUCCUCCGCUCUUCACUCCUUUCUUUCUUAAUUUAUUGACUCGACGAGUCCUCUGUUGCCACAUCACUGCCUUGAAUCCGUGACAUAUUUCCUGCUUUGAGUUCUAGGCCGGCACGUUCUGAUAUUCAGUGCGAGCCGCGUGGGGUCUGUAUGCUGGUGUCGGAGCUGAAUGAACAUUUCUCUCAGGGGUUUAGACACCGAAUGGCCUUAUAAUCCAAUGCCUUGAAUAAUUCCCCCGGGCGGGGGUAACUGCUGCGUCCCACAGAUCUCUUCGAUAAAUGAUAUGCUGGGUCUGUCUCUCUUCAUGACUUAGCAGUUUUUGAUUUGGUACCAGGUGGGCCGGUUCCCACCCUAUGAA